AUGUGGGAUUCCGACAAAAAGCUCGACAUAAUCCUCGAGUACCCAAACCCUCCAUCCUUGGCUGCUCUCAAAUCAUUACCAGAAUUUACCUACGGAGACGAACAUGGUUUUGCGGUGCACCUCUUUUACAAUACUCUAAAAGCCCAAACAAUCGCCUUCGAUCUACUUGUCGAGUUUAACGAAAAGUUCGCACCAAAACGGCUACAAAAGGCCUCAAAGUGGCAGAGAAGAGGAGGAACCACCGCUCAGGCGGCUACCAAGAUGCCUGUCAAGACUGCCAAAACCGAACCUCACCAUGAGUCUACCCUUACAAAACCCAUCGACUGUUGGAGAAAGGGAGUGAGGAAGCCCGACGUCGCAAGACUUAGACUCAGACAGUUUCAUCAUCAAUGCACACCAUCAUCCAUCAAGUCUAUGACUAGGUCCGACUUGCUGUCGGCCUCUAACAAGGAAGCCGAUUUUGACAUCGCCGCCAAAGAGGCCUUGUGGUAG